UCAUAUAUGCAGAGUUCACAGUAUAAUACAAUCAUUUUGUAUAUGACUUUUUGUAAACGUGUUCCUAUGUGUUAUUUUUUAUUUUGUUCAGCACUUCAGUGUUAGCUGUGAUCGAGCGUCAUAGGAAAUCCAUCAGUGUGCGUCACCUCUGCGCCCUGUAACCUGGGGGACACACACCUCUCCCCCGCUGCUUUCACUCUUCGUGUCCAACCCCACCCUGCGCCAUCAUGGAUCUCAUGGAGAUGGGAGACAUGGGCAGCGGCUGUGAAGCUAAAAACUGUGGCCUUGCAUCGGGCUUCCCGGAGGACUGCUCCAACCAUGAGUGCCAGUGGGAGGAACCAGUAUUUGGAUUAAUUGAGUUAGUGUGCGUGACUGUGAUUUACAUCCCGCUGAUGCUCUUCGGCCUUCUCGGAAAUAUACUAACAAUUCUUGUGGUCUGGCUCCGUCCUCACAUGAGAAGCUCUACCUACCUCUACCUGAGCAGCAUGGCUGUCAGUGAUCUGUUGAUACUCCUGCUGCUGCCUCUGGAUCUAUACAAGCUCUGGAGGCCCAGACCUUGGCUCUUAGGAGACCUUGCUUGUAAGCUGACCAUGUUCCUCUCAGAGUGCUGCACCUUCUGUACCAUCCUCCACAUCACCUUCCUCUCCCUGGAGAGGUACAUGGCGGUCUGCUGGCCAAUCACAGCCAAGACCCUGGUGACACGGCGCAGAACCAGGGCUCUUAUUGGUUGCCUCUGGCUGGGUGCGGCUGUCAGUGCAGCACCAGUGUUGGUCAUGGUUGGAGUGGAGGAAGUUGGGGGAGAGGAACAAGGGCUCAGUGGAUGGACGGAGGAUGGAGGGUGGACAGGAAGGAACAGAGAAGAGGUAGCAUUUAUGAUGGGUGGAGGGGAGAGAGGAAGUGGACACGUGACCUCGAUGGAUAGAGAAUGGGAGGGAAGAAAUUGGGAGGAAAAAGAGAGAAAGGGAUGGGGUGAAAGAGUUGGUGAGUUAAAAUGGUUCGGGGAGAAAGGGGACAGAAAACUGGGAAUAGGGGAAACAGAUGAGAGGAAACAAGAUGGAGGAGAAAUGAAAGAUGAAAAACAAGUGGAUGAGGGCGGAGAGGAAGGAAAGAUGGAAGUUGAUGGAGCGCAGCAAAAUAAAAUGAAAGAAGAUGAAGGAGGAGGAAGGGAAGAGGGAAUUGAUGGAGGUCAUGAAGGAGAGCUUGACAAGAGAGAGUGCCGCUGCACGCACUACGCCGUCUCCUCUGGCCUGUUGUCGGCCAUGAUGAUUCUCUCCAACUUGUACUUCCUGAUACCACUCUGCAUCCUGGGACUGGUCUACAGCCUGAUUGGACGGACACUGUGGCUCCGUCCACAAAGCAGCCGCAAAGACCAGAGUCACCGGCACACUGUCAAAAUGCUCGGUGUGAUCGUCUUGGCGUUUGUCCUGUGCUGGCUGCCCUUCCAUGUUGGUCGGACCAUAUUCUCUCUUUCUCUGGGCACCGCUACCGAGAGCUAUCUGUCUCAGUAUUUCAACCUGGUGUCCUCAGUCCUCUUCUACCUCAGUGCCGCUGUCAAUCCUUUACUGUACAACUUGAUGUCUGCCAGAUACAGACACGCCGUGCACAGCCUCAUACACACACACUCUCCCACACAAUCUCACGGGCUGCGCACAACGCUCACGGCACGAUACUCCACGACCACUAUGUAAGGGCGAAUACUGCACGCACAGAGAUAGAUGCACACACAGCAAGCAAAAAAGGGAAAUUAAACAGAAAAAAGGUCAGUACAUUAGUGGUACUGCAAAGACCAUGACCAUAUAAAUCACAGAAUACUAAUAUUUUUUAAUUAAAGAUUUUAAUGUAUAGAUUGAGGAGGGCAUUUUUGAGUUUCUAAAUUAAUUGAUGCUUUUCUGCUGAUACUAAUAUCACUGAUGUAAAGAGCAUCAGAAAAGCUACUGCAGUGUUAAUGCUGGAGGUUCAUAAGCAGAAUAAAACAGUAAUAAACAGUAAUA